GACUAACGCGCGACUUUGGAAAAUAGAUUAAAAUUCAGGGCAAAUUUAUAGAGUUUGGAGAUUCCAGUUUACGGGAUUAAAAGGGCAUGUGGAAUCCUGAAUCUUUGAAAGUUCGUGCUAGGCAGAAGUGAAACACACGGAGCCCACAAAUAGGAUGGCAUUCCUGUGGAAAGGAGGUUUCCAUUUUUCAUUUGGUACCUUUCCAAGCGGCCUGAAAUUUUCUAAUCUUCGUGUGUUGCUGAAUAUGUGAACAGGUUAAUAAGACUAAAAUGAAGGUUAGGAAGCGUUCAUCAAAAACUGGAUGUUUAUUCGCCAUCUGUUCUGUUUACGACUCACAGGCGCUUUUGAAUCAAGGAAACCAGGUCUUUCUUCCCGUCACUACACCAUAAUUACUUGUUUUCUAAGCAAUAUCCAAGUUCACAUAAGACUUGCAGUACUUUUGGAUCAAAAGUAAGUGGGCCUAUCAUCCUUACUGCAGAGGAUGGGAAGCUGAUGACCAGUAGGACUGAACAUCUGUUCUAUUGACAGACGCCCCCCUCCUCCAUCACAACUGUGGAUUACCUGUCGGUCCCCGUGGUUUCAUACCUUCACUCACUCCUGCAGACCCAGAACAGUGACUUUGGGUCCUCCCUGCCCUGUCUGGUGAAAGAUGGCAUCCAGUCUGACUUGCACCGGGGUCAUCUGGGCUCUGCUCUCGUUCCUUUGUGCUGCCACCUCCUGCGUGGGGUUCUUCAUGCCUUACUGGCUGUGGGGAUCGCAGCUGGGCAAGCCCGUGUCCUUCGGUACUUUCCGGAGGUGCUCGUAUCCAGUGCACGAUGAGAGUCGGCAGAUGAUGGUGAUGGUGGAGGAAUGUGGGCGCUAUGCCUCCUUCCAGGGCAUCCCCAGCGCAGAAUGGAGGAUCUGUACCAUCGUGACAGGCCUGGGCUGUGGCCUCCUCCUCCUGGUGGCGCUCACCGCCCUCAUGGGCUGCUGUGUAUCGGAGCUCAUCUCCAGGACAGUGGGAAGAGUGGCUGGAGGAAUUCAGUUCCUGGGGGGCUUGCUGAUCGGUGCUGGCUGCGCCCUCUACCCCCUGGGCUGGGACAGUGAGGAAGUUCGGCAGACUUGCGGCUACAUUUCUGGCCAGUUUGACCUGGGUAAGUGUGAAAUCGGCUGGGCCUACUACUGCACGGGAGCAGGUGCUGCAGCCGCCAUGCUGCUAUGCACGUGGCUGGCUUGUUUCUCAGGCAAGAAACAGAAGCAGUACCCAUACUGAGAUGGAGCCACCAAGAGCCAGCGGGGGAGAAGACGAGCCAAAGGGGCUAGGAGGGACCGAAGCAGUCAGCUACUUUCAAAAGGUGGAAUAGUGGUUCUACACCAUACAGCACUCAUGAAAUAAAACCCAGUGGGAUCAGAAACGUUAUACUAUGUGGAAGGGUUGGGCAAGACUUUUGAAAGAAAUGUAGAGCAUGGAAUGGUAGAGAAAAAUGGACCAAAGGCUAAAAAUAUUGCAGGGUGUCGGAUAUUUCUAUUCUACAGAAUAUUGUUAAUGUAGAACACAUACAUACACAUGACAAAUCUAUAUAUGCAAACAAGGAAUUUUUUUUUUAAGGAUGAUGACUCAGACUCAAAAGGGCUAGUAGAAACAGUAUUAUGUUAGGAAGCAGGGUAACCCACAGACGUUCCCUGUAGGUCAUGGCACUUCUGAAAGCACACGAGCACAUACAGACAUACACAUCCACACACAUGCCAUACACAAACUAUGUUGUUGCACAGAUUAUACAAGAGUUUAGUGGUGCAUUACUCCUCUAUCUUCCUUUUAAUACCCAUUUAAACUACAGUAUUAUCACUUUGUAAAGCAUACAUUAAACCUAAUAAAUGGACCCACAGGCCACUCUUUCAGUAUUUUGUAUAUCCUGCACAAACUUUAUGCCCUCAACACGUCUUCGGUGUUUACGUGGACCUUUAGAAUUAAGCCUUUGUAUUUCAAUAUUAUUCAAAAAUAUGCAAUAUUUCUCUGAGUAGCUUCUGCUAUGAUAUUCUUUUGAAGUAAAGGGGCAACUUUCUGGCCUCUGUAGGAGAGAAUUCAGUUGAAGAUGUGACAGUAACGAGAGACAUGUUCGGGUCAUUAGAUCUUGUUUCCUUUUGUCCAUUAUUGUCCUGUGCUGUACCACAUUUAUUCCAAUAUCCAUUUUGUAAAAAAUUUAAAAGUGCUAUUUUGUUUGUAUCUGAAAAUCUCUGUGAAUAAAUUCUCUCUUUGAUCAAUA